GCAAGCGCUGAAGCAGUCGCUUUCGCUAAGCGCGGCCCAGCGCGGCCACCCCCGACGGAGGGCGUGGCGCCUGAGCCACCAACGAACCGCCCUGGGUCGCGAGCAAAAAGAAGCGCACCGAAAAGGGCGUGGGGCAGCCCGAGCACCCCCAUAACAACCAAGCUCAAAGAAACGAACCAAACACCCAAGCGAGCAUGUGCACGAAGUUCCCCUGCCCGCUCUGCGUCGUCGGCCGCGGCCCGGGCCUCAUCGCGCGGUGCGUCGCCAUGUGGACCACGCUCGUGCUGUGUGUCGCUCGCCGCGUACUAUCGAAGCAAGUUAGCGCGGAGCCUCCGCCGCGCGCUGGGCCGCCGGCGCAAGACGCCCAGGAUCGACGAGUCCUUCGAGAAGAUGGACGGCAGCCUCUACAAGAAGUUCUGGGCGUCGCACCAGGUCGGCCACCUCGGCGCGCGCGACGUCGAGCCCUUCGACGUGGCGCGGCCGCGCGUCGUCUUGAUCGUGCGGGGCAGUUCGGACGACCUGCCCAACCUCGACGGGGAGCUGGACGCCGUGCGCGCGUGCGCCCGCAAGGCGGCCGCGCGCGUCGUCGAGUGCGUGUCCCUGGAGACGCUCGGCGAGGCCCUCAAGCGGGCGACGUCGUGGCGGCGCGACGACUUCCCCUGCGGCGCGCGGCCGCGCGUCUGGCUCCACGUCGCCGGCCACGCCACCGAACUCCACUUGGAGGACCCGCAAAAGGCGAUGGUGCCGACGGAAAAAGUGGUGUCGUUGGUCGCGACGUACCGCCGCAACAUCGAGGCCGUCUUCUGCAACGGGUGCCGGAGCGCGGGGCUGGCCGCCGCGCUCGCGGAAGCCGGCGUCGCGGCCGUCGGCUGGCGCACGGACUGCUCGGACGCCGGGGCCGCGCUCUUCGCGGCGGCCUUCUACAAGCGCGCCUUCGACCAGGCGGACGCGGUCGCGGACCCGAACAUCGCGCCCGCGGCCUCGGCCUUCCUCGGCGCGACGCAGGACGUCCUCGCGCCGCGCGCGGCGGCGUUCGUCGCGCAGGCGCCCCGGUCGCCCGCGUGCCCCACGCGCGGCGGCGGCGGGUCCGUGGACAUUGAGAUGGACGGAUCCGGGCGGAAGGGCAUGGACGGGUCGGGGCCCCUCUCGCCCAAGAACACGGACCGGGCGGUGCCCGUGCUCGCGGUGCCCAAGGCGACGAUGGCGCUGGAUCGCUCGGCGCGGUCGGCGCGCUUCGCGCCCGAGAUCGGCGACGUCGAGAUGGACGGCUCGCGGCGCGCUGUGGGCGCGCGGCGCGACGGCGAGAUGGACGGCGGUCGCGGCGCCGACUCCGAGAACGUGGUGCGAGCGGUGCCGGUCCUCGCCGUGCCCAAGGCAACCAUGGCGUUGGAUCGGUCGACGCAGAUGGACGGGUCGCGGCGCAGCGUGGGCUCGCGGCGCUCGGGCAUGGACUCGUCGGCCGCGUCGCAGCGCACGUCGCUCGACGGUUCGGUCUACGACCUGCCGUGUUCCCUGUCCAUCGUCGACGAUGCCGACCAGGUCCUGCCGCCCGAGAAGCAAAGCAAGCGGCCGAAGCUCGGGCUCCAGCGCGCGACGGCGCCGCGCUACGCCCUGAAGGACCCGGCCUGCGCGUCGGUGGACCCGGCGACGGGCCGCGAGGUCAUCACGACGACGCGGAACGCUGUCUUCGUCGAGGCCGCGGACCCGACGGACGACGCUUUAGAUUUCCUCAGCGGCCUCUUGGAGCGCGACGCGGCGCCCGCGCCGCCGCCGCGCCGCCAGCAGGUCGCGCCCGAUUCCACGCCCGUGCUCCGGUCCACUGGCAGCGGCUACGAGGUGGUCGCCGAGGGCCGCGUCUUCGGCGGGCCCGUGGCGCUCGGCGUGCCCCAGCUCUUCGACGGCGCGCGGGCGGCGCGCGCGCACGCGGCUGCCGCCGCCGCCGAGACGCCGCUCGACCGGGCCACAUUGCAGGGCCUGGGCCCCAAGAAGGUGGCUCGGUUAGCAGCCAUCGGCAUCCGCACGGUGGACCAGCUCGCGCGCGUCGACGUCGACGACCGGGCCCUCGUCGAGGCGGCGACGCACAAUCGCCGCUUUGAUAGGGCCGUCGCGACUCUGUCCAAAUGGCGCCGCGAAGCUGCAACCUUCCUGCGCCGCAAAGCCUUGGGCGAGGUCGUGCCUCGCAAAGGGCGCGGCUCGAAGCGCCGCGCCGCGGCGCCGCCCGCGGCGCCGCCGGUGGUGUCUUCCGACUCCACGGUGAAUUCGUCUGAGGGCGACGACGACAGGUCUUGCGCGACCAAAGGUCCGCGCGAGGAGUCGUCGUCGUCGUCCUCGCCCUCACACGUGCCAGGCACGCUGGAGGCGCCCGGUCCUGCCACAGCUCGAGGGCCGUCCCCGUCUCCUGAGGUACUCGCAGACACCCAAGAAAAUCCCGUCUCCCGAGACCCGAGCCCCGUGUAAA